AUGCAUGGCAGGAAGAAGCGAUCGGUGAAUGGCUACUUCUCAUGUCUUGGUGGUACAACUGAAGAUGAGCUGUGCAACUCCAUCCGGCUGAAGAGAAUUUUGAAAACGAAUCUGCACAAAAACUUGGCGAAAUCGAGGGAGAGCGUUGUGAAGGCGUUGGCUGAUAACAGAUUCAUGGUUUUGUGCGCAAUGUCGCCGGUCAGCUUCUCCCUGGGCUUCGUCAUGAUGAAUAUUGUGCCC